CCAUUGCCUCAGUGAAUGCUUGCACCAUCUCCCAGCUGACAUCUGCAAUCCUGCCUUCCUCCAUGCCCUGCUAUUGGUCACCUUCCACACCAAUCUGGAUUAAAGCAGGGCAUGUCUGGUUUCCAGAGGAGUUCUCAGUUAGCCUCUGUCUGUUUAUGUGAGCUGAACUGGCUUCCUUUACUGACACCUCGGCUUCCCUAGAUGAAUUUAUUGAAGGAUUUCUGGUAGGUUCCACCUUCAGGCAAGAUGUGGUACCAUUGAAACAUUGGUCUGCUUCGAUUCACAGACAGUUCAUCUUUUCCACUGAGAAGCCUUGUUUUAUUUUACGGCUUAGGCCUACUGAACUUAUGAGACCAUGUCGGAAGGAAAGCCCGAGUCACCUGGGCCCAUAAAGUGUGGCCCAUACAUUUCCUCUGUCACCAGCCAGAGUGUGAACGUGGUGAUCCGAGGGGUGGUGCUCUUCUUCAUUGGAGUGUUCCUCGCCUUAGUGUUGAACUUGCUCCAGAUUCAGAGAAACGUGACACUUUUUCCACCUGAUGUGGUCACGAGCAUCUUUUCAUCUGCAUGGUGGGUACCACCAUGCUGCGGCACAGCCUCAGCUGUGAUCGGGUUAUUGUACCCCUGCAUUGACAGGCAUCUAGGAGAACCACAUAAAUUCAAGAGAGAGUGGUCCAGUGUUAUGCGCUGUGUGGCGGUGUUCGUGGGUAUCAAUCAUGCCAGUGCUCACUGGUCUCAGAAAGUAGACUUUGACAACAACUUCCAGUUUUCCCUCACGCUGGCUGCGCUGUCGGUAGGACUGUGGUGGACUUUUGACAGAUCAAGAAGUGGUUUUGGCCUUGGUGUUGGAAUCGCUUUCUUAGCUACUGUUGUCACCCAACUGCUAGUCUACAAUGGUGUCUAUCAAUACACAUCUCCAGAUUUUCUCUAUGUCCGUUCUUGGUUGCCAUGUAUAUUUUUUGCUGGAGGCAUAACAAUGGGAAACAUUGGUCGUCAACUGGCAAUGGGUCUCUCACUGGCCUGGAACUUGCUAUGCAGGCUCAGCUGAUGGACCAGCUAGCGCCAGUAUCCACCUCUCUUCACUGCCACCGAGCUGGGAUUGCAAGAAUGCAACACCACACCUGACUUUCUAUAUACGUUUUGGGAUCAGCUAGAAAGCAAGCCCUUUGCCAACCAAGCUAUCUCCAGUCUUUUUGGAGAAGGAAGGAGGGUGGUAUGUUUGGGGGUGAGGAGGGUAGAGUUGGGGUAUAUGAUCAAGAUACAUAUAUUGUAAACAUGUAUAAAUUGUCAAACAGUAAAAAUAUUAAAAUGUUUGGGGGUACUGCUCUGAAAACAGCACAUUUGUUGUGCUGCCAAGCGUCUUUGGAACUGUGUAAUUCGCAAGUUCAUGUCUCUUAGAAACACUUUCUGAGGAAUGCUGGACAGACUGUGGCCACUGAUCAGUUCCUUGUGAUCAGCAGUGAAGGAGACAAAGGAAAGAGGCUGAGCGCUGAAUCUGUUUGUCUAGAAGUUUUGCAGUACAUUCCCUGGGAGCAUCUGCCACAGAACACAGCUUAUUCUACACCCCCCCCCCCCCCCCGCAUCAUCACAUGCCACUCAGAGAUCUGCCGGGAACAUCUGUCUGCUCAACUAGAGUGUGACAGUGGUGGCUCUGCUUGGAAUCCCUCUGCUUGUACAAAAGCUUGCUGUUUUACAGCAGGACAUGGCAUAGAACACAGGGUCUUCCCGUCACCUUCAGUCAUCUGGGUACAUCUGCUGUGCACAGUCCCUACCUGCCUGGCUUGGGAAUCUGUGGGCAGGUGCAGUUAAAAUGAGGAUCAAAGGGGCUGCUAAUAGGUCAAGGACAUGGCAAGGCUGGUAAAAAGCUUGUCUGGUCAGACUGAGAACCUGAGCUGCUGCAUGUGAAUUUAUGCACAAAAAUCUAGGUGUGUUGGAGUGGGUUGGAGAGAUGGAUCAGAUAUGUAGAGUGCUUGCUGCUCUACUGGAGGCUGAUGUGGGACUCCCUCUGUAUGCUGUGAAUAUGUUUUUAUCACCAUUGGUUAAUAAAGAACUGAUUUGGCCUAUGGCAGGAUAGAAUAUAGCUAGGCAAGAAAAUUUAAUUGAAUGCAGGAAGAAAGAAGGUGGAGUCAGGCAGACCUCAUGUAGCUGCGGAAGGAGAAAGAUACCAGAACCUUACCUGAUAGUCACAGCCUUGUGGCGAUACAUAGAUUAAUAGAAAUGGGUUAAUUUAAGAUAUAAGACAUGGUCUUUUGCCCUCCAUAGGUACCUGAACACACACACACACACACACACACAUACACACACAUACCUACAUAUACAUAUAUACAGCUACCUAUGGCAUGUGCUUAUUCACACACACACACACACAUAAAUUUGAAAAAAAAAAAAAGCUACCCAGCAAGCCCCAGGAUCUGCCUCUUUUGUCUUCCAGGUGGUACUACCAUCCCCAGCUUUUUUUCCCUCCUAAAUCAAUGUGUUCUAGGCAAAUGAGACUCCCUGUGUAAAAAGCCAAGUUGGACAGCACCAGAGAAAGAAUGACACCCAAGGUCAUCUUUUGGCCUCUACACACAUAGACAUGCAUACAUGAAUGCAUGCAUGCAUACACUCAUGCACAUACUCACACACAUGCACACACGAAUGCUCGUAUGCAUGCACACAUGCAUACCCCCCCACACACACAAAUACUGUCAAUAAAACCAGACCCUCCUGAAUUUUUUUGUGGCUCUAGACCUCAUGUGUGUCAAGAUCAUGCAUGUCUAAGAAAACGCAGCCCCGUGCAUAUUAAAGCAAAUAUUUCCAGAAUAAUGUCAAAUCCAUCCCAAAGUUGAGUCAAAUUGAGUUUGUUCCCCCUCUCCCCCCAAAAAUAGUGAAAAAUAUCUGAUAUAUUUAUUUGCCUUUUCAAAAGGCAAUUUGCUUUCAAGAUGUAACUUGGUUGGAAUGUUAGAAUAGUGUCUGAUAUGUAAAGAAACAGUGCUUCAGGGGCUGGGAGAUGACUCAGUUGGUAAAGUGCUUACCUAUAAGCACAAGGACCUGAGCUCAGUACCCCAAAUCCACAUAAGAAGCUGAAUGUGGUGAUGGGGAUUUGGAAUCCCAGUGCUGGGGGAAGGGAAAACAAAUGGGUUCCUCAGGCUCACUGGCCACUCAACCUAGUCUCCUGGAGAGUUCAAGAUCAUGGAGAGACCCUUUCUCAAAAACUCUGACUCACCAUAUGUGGCUACCCCAUGGUGCACUUUGCCAAGGUAUGGACCAAUGGACAUUGAGCUUUUGAUCAUUUUCUGCUGAGCCCAGAAGCAACAUGUUGCCUUUCUGCUUCACACAUUGAUUCAUCCUGCAGCCUUGACCAGCAGCAAAUAGAUGGGUGACCUUUCCUUCAGGAGGAGAAAAGCCAGAUACCAGUGACCACUCUGAAUGCUCCAAGCCAUGGGUGCAAAGAAGUAGCAUUGUAUUUUCACUAGAAUGUUCUCUCUUUGUGAUACAUACUAAGCAUAACUAUAAAUAAAUAUUUAAUGGUAAAAAUAUAACAUAAUAAUAUCAUAAUAUUUCAGAUAUAUGAAAUAAGAACUCUAAGUCCUAGGAUGGUGAGAAGGAAGAAUGCCAUUUGCUUUUGUUCUUGCUGUCCUCUCAAGGCAGAAGUAAGGGGAAGGGAUAUGUCAGGAGCCUCUUUGUAUCUGUAAGAUCCCUAGUAUGCCCCUGUGUGGAUUGAUCCACCCUUUGUGUGUGUGUGUGUGUACGUGUUCACAUUUACCUGUGCACACAUGCACACAUGGACACCAGAGAUCAAUGUCGAGUAUCUAUCUGCCUCUUAUCAUUCUCUGUGUGCAUGUGUGCGUGUUCACAUUUAACUGUGCAUGCACACAUGGACACCAGAGGUCAAUGUCGCAUAUCUGCCUUUAUCGUUCUCUACCUUUGAAACGUGGUCUCUUGAUGACCUAAGCUCACCAAUUUGGUUAAACUAUCGAGGCAGUGAGCUCCAGGAACUCACUCAUAUGUAUCUUCCCAGAACUCAUACCAAAUCCACAUUACCAGGCUCAGCUUCUUAGCUGGGUGCUGGGAAUCUGAACUCAGGUCCUCAUUCUUUCUGGAUAAGCACUUUCCAGCUGAUUCACCUUUCCAGCCUGAUUGAUACCCUGCUGUGGCUGUCUGGGUCCAUGUUUUUCAGUGGUAGAACAGGAGUCCAGACCCUCAUCUGACUUCAAGGAUCUUCUUGUCACUGGGCUGAGAGUCCUUCAGCAGAUCGGAAUGAACUGUGCACCUGCUUUCUUAUUUCAUUGUUGAUAAUAAAUGGCUUGGCACAGCUAUCAUUGACAUGAAAGCAACUUAAGAUUUUCUGUAGAAAAAUGAGGAUGGGUGGGCAAGGAGGCUCAGAUAAAAGCAUCUGACAAUGCAAGUUUGAUUUCUGGCUCCCAUGAUGAAGGGAGACAAUCAAAUCCUGCAAGAUGUCUAUGACUUCCAUGUGCACAUUAGCAUGUGGUACAUGUGUGCACAUCAGACACAUACACAAUACUACUACUACUACUACUACUACUACUACUACUACUAAUAAUAAUAAUAAUAAUAAUAAUAAUAAUAAUACAACUAAAGGGCUUUGUAGGCACCUUAGUGGACUAUUGCUUGAACGUGAAGUGUCUCCCAGAUUCAUGUGUUUGAACACUUGGUUCCCAGGUGGUGGUGCUGUUUGGGAAGAUGGCAGAAACUUUAGAAACUAGAAUCUAGCUGGAGAAAGCAGGUUAUUGGGAAUGGGCCUUAAGGUUUCAUGGGGCAACCCCACUCCCUAUAUGCUCUCUGCUUCCUGACUGUGGUUGCAAUGUGACCUUACCCUCCUGCUUCCAUGCUAUUUCCACUGCAAUUUCCUCAAACCGUAAGCCAAAAUAAACUCCUUCCCUACAAGCUGCAAAAAGAAUAAAUAACACAGACAAUA